CUCCACCGGGGGUUCCUCAUUAUUUAACCCACGCUGAUUUAUCUUCUCGGCAGAUCUAUAAUUUACUUACUUCGGCCAUUCAGCAUAAACAUAAUGUAAAAUAUUUGGAUGUCAAGUCGGGACAACCCUUACUUGGGAAAACGCUUGCGAUAAUGUUUUCUAAAAGGUCGACUAGAACAAGGGUUGCCACGGAAACAGCCAUAACGUAUCUUGGUGGACAACCAAUGUUCCUGGGGUCCCAAGAUAUUCAACUGGGUGUGAAUGAAUCAUUGUUGGAUACCAGUAAGGUUGUGUCUAGUAUGGUGGGCGGCAUAAUGGCACGUGUUGGUGCGCACUCCGAUAUUGAGACAUUGGCAAAGUAUUCCACCGUGCCCGUGAUCAAUGCCCUCUCGGAUAAAUAUCAUCCAACGCAAAUUCUUGCUGAUUUGGUGACAAUGCACGAGAUGUUCGGUCCUCAGCCUAAGGAUGAUUCUUCCUAUGUCGCUCAUUUGACGCAUCCUCGAGAGACACUUCCAGGAUUGAAGGUCGCGUGGGUUGGCGAUGGUAAUAAUAUUUUGCACAGCAUGUUGGUGACAUUCCCGAAACUCGGAGUUCACCUGUCGGUGGCAACUCCUAAAGGAUACAGUCCGUCUGAUGAUGUGGUGAAAAUUGCAAUGGACGAGGCGGCGAAAACCAGCACAGAAGUUAGCUUUACUCAUGACCCCAAAGUGGCUGUUAAAGAUGCGGAUGUCAUUGUCACCGAUACUUGGAUCAGCAUGGGACAAGAGUCUGAAAAGGCGAAGCGACUUCAGGAUUUCGCUGGAUAUCAGGUCACAUUGUCGUUGGCUAAAGAAGGUGGUGCUAAGCCUGAUUGGAAAUUUUUGCAUUGCCUUCCUAGAAAGCAAGAGGAAGUGUCGGAUGAGGCGCGU